CGUCACCACGGUAGCCUCCCCCCGGCCUGACCCACGUAACACUCUGCUCCUCUGGCUUUUAAAGUAGGUGCAAACCAGACUACUGCCUGACGCGAAAAUGUCUCGAGCUGCGGAGAGACUCCGACUGCUGAUCAACCACCUUGAUCGACGCCCUACAGCGAUCGAAGCUGCACCCACUUCUGCUCAGACCUUCACCUACAGUCACCCACAGAGACUGAGAUACACUCUAGACACUGACCUACUGACCCCAGAACAGAGGCUCUCCUAUGAGGAGAAUGGCUUCCUCCUCAUCAAGAACCUGGUGUCUGAUGAGGACAUCGACAGGUUCAGGAAGGAGUUUGAACGCAUCUGUCGCCGGGAAGUGAGCGUUCCCGGCCUGGUGGUGAUGAGAGAUGUGGCGAUCUCUAAGUCAGAGUUUGUUCCCGAUCAGAAAGCCGUCUCCAAACUCCAGGACUUCCAAGAAGAUCCCGAACUCUUCCGGUACUGUGCCUUGCCUGAGAUCCUGAAGUAUGUGGAGUGUUUCAUUGGGCCGAACAUCAUGGCCAUGCACACCAUGCUGAUCAACAAGCCUCCUGAUGCAGGUAAGAAGACAUCUCGUCACCCGAUGCAUCAGGAUCUGCAUUACUUCCCGUUCCGACCAGCCGACAGAAUCGUCUGCUCUUGGACGGCGAUGGAGAGGGUGAACAGGCAGAACGGCUGCCUGGUCGUCCUGCCGGGAACACACAAGGGCACGCUGAAGGAGCACGACUAUCCCGAGUGGGAGGGCGGGGUGAACAAGAUGUACCACGGUGUGCGAGACUACGACCCGCACCACCCCAGGGUGCACUUGGAGAUGGAAAAGGGCGACACAGUCUUCUUCCACCCGCUGCUCAUCCACGGCUCCGGCAUGAACCAGACGCAGGGCUUCCGCAAGGCCAUCUCCUGCCACUACGCCAGCGGGGAUUGUUACUACAUCGACGUAAAGGGAACCACACAGGAGAACAUCGAGAAGGAAGUGAAGGAGAUCGCAGAAAGGAAGUACAGUCUGGGCGCCGAGGUCGACUUCAAGGAUACCUGGGCCUUCCGAGGUCGCCUGGUGCAGGGUGAGAGGGUUUCGCUGUGAAAGACGCCUGCGAGACCUCAGGUCGAUGGAGUGGAGCUGAAGAAACGGUGUUGCUGCACUGGAACACAAAGCAUUCGUUGUGGAAGAAAAAAAAUCUCAUCUGCCAUUUUCUAACCUUCAACCUCUAAUAUCUGAUAUCCUUUCAGUGGAAUUUUGAAAUGAAUUACGGUACAUUUACGUGAGGCACUUAACUUUGUCUAUUAAGCUAAUUUACUGAAAGCAAAGGGGUAUUAAUUGCACAAUUGUGACGCACGUUGAUGGAGAGAAAUGGUGAGGACGUGAGAAAUGAGGCAGAGAGGGCGAAAGCUUGGAAAGGCAGAGGGAGCGAUAGAAUCUAUUUUUAAAAAAUAAAUGUGUAAAUGAGCUGUAUCACUUGUUAAUAGACACUAAUGGAGGCCUUUACCUGAAAGCGUCCUGCCUUAUAAAUGAGCACGUUAGCAUUCAAACGCCCUCGUGCCUUUUAAUGUGAUUUUUGAAUGUGAGCGUCUUGUCGAUGCGUACGAAGUUUUAUUAAAAUUAAACAAACUCAGAAAUGAGUUGUUUGGA